UCAUUGACUCUCUGUAGUUUUAGAGACAUUUCACUACGCGCCUUAAAGAAAAAAAUAUUUCGCGGGAAUUAAAAUCAGAAAAACACAACACGCAGCAACUCAAACAAAACAGUGACUAGAGAACUGUGAAAUAACAUUAGAUAAAAUGAGUUUGUGGGUGGACAAAUACAGACCUACGUCUCUGGGGAAACUGGACUACCACAAAGAACAAGCAAACCAGCUGAAAAACCUGGUCCAGUGUGGGGACUUCCCUCAUCUGUUGGUGUACGGGCCGUCUGGAGCAGGGAAGAAGACUCGUAUCAUGUGUCUGCUGAGAGAACUGUACGGAGCCGGAGUGGAGAAACUGCACAUAGAACACCAGACUGUUACGGCUCCCUCUAAGAAGAAGAUUGAGAUCAACACCAUAGCCAGUAACUACCACCUGGAGGUCAACCCAAGUGAUGCUGGUAACAGUGACCGUGUGGUUAUCCAGGAACUGAUCAAGACUAUGGCCCAGUCUCAACAGAUCCAGACCAGCACCCAGAGGGAGUUCAAAGUUGUCCUGUUGACAGAGGUGGACCGCCUCACUAAGGAUGCCCAGCAUGCAUUGCGUCGUACCAUGGAGAAGUACAUGUCCACCUGCCGGCUCAUCCUCUGCUGUAACUCCACCUCCAAAGUCAUUGGACCAAUCAGGAGCAGGUGUCUGGCUGUCAGGGUGCCCCUACCCAGUACAGAGGAGGUGUGUAAUGUUCUGUCUACAGUGUGUAGGAAGGAGGGCCUGCUUCUCCCCCCUGAGUUGGCCAAACAGAUAUCAGAGAAGUCUGGACGCAACCUCCGCAAAGCACUGCUGAUGUGUGAGGCCUGCAGAGUGCAACAGUACCCGUUCUCAGCAGACCAGGACAUCCCAGAGACCGAUUGGGAGGUUUACCUGAGAGAGACGGCCAACGCCAUCGUCAGUCAGCAGAGUCCUCAGAGGUUGUUAGAGGUGAGGGGGAGACUGUAUGAGUUGUUGACUCACUGCAUUCCUCCUGAGAUCAUCAUGAAGGGCCUGGUAACAGAGCUGCUAGGUAACUGUGACGGCCAGCUGAAGGCAGAGGUGACUCACAUGGCAGCCCACUACGAACACCGACUGCAGCAGGGCAAUAAGGCCAUCUACCAUCUAGAGGCCUUCACCGCCAGGUUCAUGGCCAUCUACAAGAAGUUCAUGGAGGACGGACUGGACGCCAUGAUGUUCUGAUCUCGCUCUUCUUCUCGCUCUCUAUCGCUCUUUCUCUCAAUCACUCUCCUUCUCGCUCUCCUUAUCUCUCUCCUCACUCUAAAUCUCUCUUUCCUGUCUCCAUGAUGUUCUGAUCUAACUCGACUUGCUCUUUCUCCCCCUCUUCAUCAUCCUUCUUCUUCAUCACCCUUCUGGAUGCCUUGAUGUUGUGAUCUAAUACCCUCUGCGUACCCUCCCAUACCUUGUAAUAUGAGGGGGUUCAGAGGCCCAGUCUUUGGUUGAUAUCAAUAAUUGAUUUAAUCUGCAUAGUGUAACCUCCGGUAUGUACUGUCUUAUUGAUCUGGAUAGUGUAACCUCCGGUAUGUACUGUCUUAUUGAUCUGGAUAGUGUAACCUCCGGUAUGUACUGUCUUAUUGAGCCCCUGCUGUAAAAUAAAGUUGACUUUCUUUCGAAUGUC